UAUGCAAACACUUGAUUCAACAGUUAAAUGGUUCAAUAAGACUGAAGGUAGAGAUAAGAUAUGCAAAGUCAUGUAAUAUGGAUCCAGAUUUUUAAUGUGGCAUCUCAAAGUAAACAGAGGAAAUGAAUAAUUGUCUAAUCAAUUUAAGAAUUUAUUUUGUACUUGAUUUGUUUAUCAUUAUAUAGAAAGCACAAGAGAUGCCAGAAAAUUAUUCAGAUUAGCUAAAUCUUUGAAUGAAUUAUAAACUAUUAUUGAUAAAGUUGGAUAAAAUUGCAAGACUCCUCAAGAGUAGAUUGCUAGGGGAUUAAAUAUUUUAACAAGAAUUUGGUUUUUAUUAUAUUGGUAAUCAAAUAUCUUAAUGUAUUAGGGUCUAUGAUAACUUGAGUGUAUUAUCAUCAAUCAAGUUUACCACCAGUGAUCCAAAGCCAUUGUAAAAAAAAGCAAUGACAUUUUGGUUUAUUGCAAUUAUUACAAACUUGAUUGACACUGUAAGAUAAUUGAUAGUCAACUUAUAAUAUAUCUAACAAAAUAAAACUAAUCAGAGUGCUCAACAAUAGAUAAAUAAUAAAUAACAACAAAAUAGAGUUCUUUAUUUGAACUUGAUAAAGAUAUUUGGAGAUUUAAUGCCAGCUGGCUAAGGUUCAGAGUUUUUCCCAAAAGUAUUAAAAAUCAACCUUAACGAUGGAGUCAUAGGCCUUGGAGGUCUUAUAUCAGGAGCUGUUGCAGCUUAUUAAGCAUAUUGAUUAAUAUCCAAGAAUCAUAAUAUUAUUAAUAAUAUUUUUUUAACAAGAUUCAUAUCUUAUAAAUAUAUAAAU